AUGAGACUGCUUUACUGCCACGAGCUUUUCCUUUGUGUAACCCUCCAUAUUGCUUAUGUAUGCACUGCGGUAUCCCAAGGCGUUCUCGAUGCCGACGAGGUCCUCUCCCACGCUCCGAUAACGUUUCUUAGCAGUUGGGAUGUACUUGGGCCGUUCAGACUGGGCACUCGAGAGGCUGUUUGGGGCGCCGACCCUGUCGAAUUCUAUGGAGGGAUCCAGUCACUCAGUUCCAGCGAUAAAGCUCUUUAUCGCAGCCCUCUUACCGCAGGGGCAACUGUCCGAUGGAGCAACCGAACGUUCGCUACCGUAGCUUCGGAUGCGGGAACUUCUGUCGAGGUGGCCGUUGACUUUCCAGACGUUGAUUGGCAGUUUUUUCAGAGAAUCUAUGGCUGGUCUUCUCUUCAAUUUCAGGGCUGGGUGAAGGGCGCCAUUUGGAAUGCCGAUACCGCUUUCCGGCGUGUGGUGUUACAGCCAAAAAAUGUUCUCGAACUUUGGAUUAAUGAUGAUCACGUAUUUGGCGGAGACUUUUAUGGCUUUCAAAGGGCACCAGUUGUCGUGGAUCUUCGACCUGGCUCCAACGAUAUCAGUAUUCGUCUCACAGGCGAUAUUCGUUCGAUGGGCGGUAUAUCUCCCCCUGUUUUCCGGGCGACUUUGAGUACCCAUGUGGUAUCGGCUCCCUUGGGGAUACUAAACCACAGCUUGGUGAUACCUGACGUGGUUUCAGGUAGAUUUUGCACUCACGUUGGGAGCAUAACCGUAAGUAAUCAUGCCAAUUCCUGGGUUGAAGUCCGCCAUGUCACUGCAACCGUACCUGGAAAGAGUGUGGACGUGCUGGAAGAGUCGAUACGCAUCGCUCCAGGUCAAUCACGUCCGUUGCAGAUGAACCUCACGUCCUUGGACAGCUUGGGAGAAGCCCUCGAGCUCAAGGUCCUCUACACUGUGCGCCCUGCGGCACAUCAUCAGAUAACUUUCCACAUCCCAUUGACUCACGUCAGCAAUACCUCCACGCAAAAGAUCACAUUUUUGCAUCCUAGUGGCGCUGUGUCUUAUGCGACACUAAGACCACCACCGACUAUGUCUGAACAAGUAUGCAACAAGUCUUACCCUGUGCUUUUAAACCUCCAUGGUGCAGGUGUCGACACGGACGGUCCGCUCUCUCGCCAUAUGUUUGAUGCUGCCCAUGACCUUCCUGUAUGGAUAUUGUCACCAUCGGGAAUGAGUCCCUGGAGCGGGGAUGACUGGCAUACCUGGGGAUUUGCUGAUAUUGAAGCUGCGCUGUUAGCAAUUCCACAAUGGAUGGAGCAUGUUUCGUGGCGCGGUGCUGGCUUCACAUCUGGGCAGAUGCUGAUCGCUGGUCAUUCCAACGGUGGACAAGGGACUUGGUUCUUUGCUUCUCACCAGCCGGAUCGGGUUCUUGGUGCUGCUGUGGCCUCGGGAUAUUCUUCCAUUGAGAAUUAUGUUCCGUACAUGCUGUGGACGGAAGCAGACCCUCUCCAAGCCAGGAUCCUUGAAACCUCGAGGAAUAGUUUCCGACAUGAGUUACUGGCAGAGAACUUGGCAGGGAUUCCUAUCUUCCAGCAGCAUGGCUCCGAGGAUGACAAUGUUCCCGCCUACCACUCCCGCCUCAUGAACACCUUACUUGCACAAGCCGGUCAAGUCGUCAAUUACACAGAACUACAAGGCCGGGGACACUGGUUCACGGGAGUCAUGACCACUGAGCCAAUGAUGCAAUUUUACCUUGACUGCCUCAAUGGCUCUAAUUUCCGUGCCACUGCCCCUGCCGAAUUUGCCUUCGUUGCGCCGAACUCACAUGAUUUAGGCUCGAAAUAUGGGAUUUUAAUCGACCAACUGAUGACCCCAGAUAAAUUGGGCAAGAUAACAGUCACCACCAAUGUGAACGACUCCAGUAACCGCUGGCACAUCCAGACCGAGAAUGUCCGCCGGUUGCAUGUUGACUUCAAUGGCCGAAUUUCCAAUCCGCCUGAUGAGAUCCUACUCGACAAUAUGCCUUAUCUCUUUCGUACCGACGUGGUGACGGAGGAUGUUUCAUUCGUGAAGUCCGAGUCGAAUGUAUGGAGCAAGUUGGCCGAUCAGGGUUGGAGGAAUAUAGAACAAAGAUGUGGACGCCAAAGAGGGUUCCUUGACUCAAUUCUCCGGACCGCAGGGGUCGUUGAGAUUAUCUAUUGUUCCAACGAUGCUCUUCCACUUGCAAUUCAGAUAAGCCGGAACUUUCUGCAAUACUAUGGGGCUGACUCGAACAUCCUCCCCUGCCCCAAAUACAAGGAAGCUUUGAAGCGAGAAGGCAAUAUCAUCGUGGUCGGCUCGGGGCACACCACUCCCCCUGCACAUCUCGCUUCCUUUCCCGUGCAGCUUGGGCAGAGCAGCCUUUCGUUGAGGUUGAGAACUGGAGGAACGGCACGAAUCCCUCUCACGCCUGGAAUGGGCGGAGUCUGGCUCCGACCGCUUCCUGACGAAAGACUAGAACUCAUCGUUUGGGGCCAUGACGGAGUUGGAACGAGGCAAGCUGCAAGGCUGGUCCCCACGCUUACUGGUGCAGGUCAGCCUGAUUUCGUCAUCUUGAAGAAUGAAGCACGAUGGAAGGGGAGCUCGGGGACUGCGGCGCUGGGGUUCUUCGACUAUAAAUGGUCGAUUUCGUCUGCCUCAUUUCUUCCAUAG